AAGAAUGCACUAGUUUAUUGGAUAGCUAGGCCAUGAGAUCCUAUUGCGAAUAACCUUAUCUAUAUACUGGACCGGCUGAAAUACGUAGUCACAAUAGUUUAACGAUAUUUAUUGCCAAAAAAAAGAAAUAAAUCAAUAUUUACUGCCAUAAUUUUCAUAAAAUAUUACUAGGAGUCUAGGAUCACUAGCAAUCUUCUAAAUAAUGGUCCUAAUUAGGGGAUAAUUGGCUAAUGGAUAUCACAGGCUGGUUCGACUAUGAGAGAUAUAUAUACACAUAAUAUAUAUGCUUACUUUAAUUAGUUCACUUUUAAAUUCGUAAGUAAUACCAUCCGAGCAUCAUUCUAAUAUCCACAGGCACACACUUGCACGCACGCGAAGAUUUGUGUCAGUAUAAAAUUUAUAACUAGAUUUUGUUGUCGUAUUUAACUUGGUAAAAAUGAAGUACCAUACUAGUAUAAUUCAUAGGAGUAGGAAGUAGGGCAGUAGAUUGUUAAUUGUUUCAUUGUUGAGACCCUGAUUCAAAGGUUUGACCACUGUAAGCAAUGUGGUCAGUGACAAAAAUCAUCAUGAAUUUCAGGGACUAUUUGGUACGACACGAUACCGUAUUUAAAGUCUUCUUCUUACUUUUCCCAUAUUUGACUCAAAGUCUUCUUCAUUUUCUGGCACAACAUUGUGUAAAACUGUACUUUUAGAUUGAGUUUGUCAGAAUGAUAGACGCAUCAUGACAUCUUUGAAUAAUACUAGUAAUAUAUAACGAAAUAAUAUACACAGUUGCACAAAAAAGAAAAGAAAAGAAAAAAUACACCCAGUUUUCACCUCCAACGACAAGACGAUCUGGCGUGUGGAAAGCCACACUCCAAGUCUCCAACCUAAACUACAGUUUGUAACCUCGUGUAAUUUAUUUUGUCUACAGUCUUACUAGGAAUUUAUUAUUCAUUUAAAGAUUCUCCAAUAAAAAUUGACAUGAAAGAUCAAAACUAACUGUCACAUGACUAUCAUCGCUUAGUUUUGGAUUCGAGAUUUUUCUAUAACAGAGGUUCCAUAAUGUUAUGGAUAAAAAUAAACUCUCAUAACAAUCAAAAGUGAUAUUAUGAAGAGAGUAGAACAUUCUUGUGUAAAGUAAAUUAACCAUGCCUUUAAGCCAGGAAACAUAUGGAGUUUUUGUUGUUGUUUGAGAUAUUCGGUGCUUUUACUAGUAACAUUUUCUAAUAUCCACUGUCCACAAUCAAAAGCUAUAAUCGAAAGUUGAUUAUUAUUUUUGGAUAAAAUAAAUAGUUUAAAAUAUAGUAAUGUGAGUUAAACUGGAAAACUUUUACGUGCGAGAAUCUAUUUACACAUCAGCAUGAAUAUAUAAAAACUAUAAAAGAUAACCAAGAAUAUAUUUAUAAGUAUACGUAUAUUAAUUUAAUUGGUCAAAUGUUUUUGUUCCAUUUUUUAUUUUAUUUUCCAGUGCAAAGCUUGUUAAGCAUAUUCGACCUCCAAUAUAGAUAAACUUUUCAUAUUAGGAUAUCAAAAUAAUUUUUAUUUAUCACAUGUAGUGAGUGUCUAGAAAAAUCGAAAAUAAGCAACAAAUGUUCCGAAACGAUGAGACAUUAAUAAUAUUCUGAAGCAUAAACGACGUGUACACGGCCUUCACACCGUUGAUGCAUUAUUUUGGUCAUAUUCGAGUUUCAGCAAUUCAAUCAACUUGCUAACACAUAUAUAUUCAUCAUCAAUUUUCUUUUUUCUCUUUUCUUUUUCCCCCAUAUCCAUUGGCUUAAUCAAAAGGAACAAAUUCCUUCCACAUAAUCACAAGAAGAAGCAAAGUAGAAUCUUAUAGUGUUGCAGGAGUUUUUAAUGGGCCUAAUUUAUGAAAAUGAGCAAAAUAGGCCCAUAAUGAUGACUAUAGCUAUGGGCUUUUGACAAUCUAUAGCAAACGAUCACGUAUGCCCCUUUUAAAAGCAACAUGAAAAUUACAAACACGUUCGCAGUAGAGAAGAAGAGUUAAUGUUUGUACGAUGGACGUUUAAAAGGUUCCUACUUCUUAUAGUAACCGAUUUUGACUAUUCUUUUCAUUUUGGAAAUGGCAAUGGCAGCAGCGUCGUCAUCUCUUGUUCUCUUCCACAAACCUACCUGCAAUUUUUAUUUUCAACAUUCCUCUGCCCCAGCUUACAUUAGUUCCCCUCGAAGAUGUAGCUUAAUCUUUCCUAUGAAUAGUAGGAGGAGUCUUUGCUCUUUCUCUGCCCCUAAAACUAUGGCCUAUUUAGUCAAAACUCAUGCCUUGAGAGACGGCGAAGAAGAACGGUUUCAGACGCUCCAGCAAGAUGCUUUCAUUACUAAUCCGUCGAAUGAUUUGGUCGGUGGUGGGAUCAACGCCGCCGCUAAUCGUCUGAGCAAAUGGGUUGUAGCUGCUCUGUUUGGAUCGGUUCUGCUUCUACGACGUGAUGGUGCAUCCUUGUGGGCUGUCAUUGGCUUUAUUUCCAACUCUCUGCUUUCGGUUACUCUAAAACGCAUACUUAACCAAGAGAGACCGGUUGCAACAUCGCGUUCUGAUCCUGGCAUGCCAUCCUCUCAUGCUCAGUCCAAUUCUUUCAUCUCUCUCUUUACCCUCUUCUCUGUUAUGGAGUGGCUUGGAGCCAAUCCACUCUCUCUGUUCCUUAGUGGCCUCAUCCUCGCAUUGGCUUCUUACUUUACAUGGUUAAGGGUGUCUCAGAAGCUUCACACGACCAGUCAAGUUAUGGUUGGUGCGAUCGUGGGGUCUGUUUUCUCCACCUUAUGGUACAUCACUUGGAACUCACUUGUUCUCCAAGCUUUUGCCUCGUCACAGAUAGCCGUCUUUACGGUUGCUGCUGCAUCUGCCUUAGGUUCUGCAGUUUAUGUGCUACUAAACUGGUCCAAAGAAGACAGAUGACAAGUUAAAUGCUUUAAUAGUAUUCCUUUUGUUUCCACAUUGUCUGAGCUACAUAGUAAUCAUCACCCUUACCACUUAAAGAGUUAAGGAUCACAAAUUUGAAUUGACUCAAAA